AUGCCGCGACUCUCGACCCGCACGAUCCUCCAAGCGUACGCGCAAGACGCACUGCUCCCGCUGCUGCUCCGCGAAUGCCGGACUGUUGACUCGGCCCGCAGCGAACUCCGCUGGCUCCGCCAACACGCGAUCGACCUCACCCAACAACGCAAAGAACAACGCUAUCGACGCCUCCAACAAGCCCGCAAAACCGGCCAAGCAUCCGAAGGACCACAUUCACCCCGGAAUACACAACCCCACCGUAAACCCACGCACCGCCACGCGCCCGAAAACGCCCUCCCAAAGGGCUGGCGCCGCACGCUGCGCACCCUCUGCCGCGCCCGCUCGCGCGGCACUCCGCUGCAAUAUCUCCUCGGCGACCAACCGUUCGGCGACCUGACCAUUCUCUGCCAGAAGGGGGUCCUCAUCCCGCGCAACGACACCGAAACCUUCACCUACGCCGCGGCCGAGCAGAUCCGCCAACACUUUCCCCCUCCCAAACCCGAACCCAACCCCGCCUCCCCACCACCAUCAUUAUCAUCACCCUCACCCCCAUCCCCAUCCCCAACAACCACCACUCCCCCAAACCCCUCCCCCGCACCCUCUCGCCCCCCUCAACCCCUCCGAAUCCUCGACCUCUGCACCGGAACAGGCUGCAUCACCCUCCUCCUCCACGCCCUACUCUCACCAAGCUACCCCUCCCUCAAAAUCGUGGGCAUCGACAUCCACCCGCCCGCCAUCCGCCUCGCGCAGAAGAACCUGCGCCACAACAUCACGCUCGGCGACCUGCCAGCUCGCGCAUCCCAGGACGUGGAAUUCCGGCGCGCGGACGUCCUCGCCUGCCCCUCUGCGCCCACCUCCCACUCCAAGCUUAGGGGGCGGGUCCCCGCGCUGGAGGAGCUCCUUCCCUACAUCCCGGACUUUUGGCCCCGCGCCCAAGAUGCAUCAAAGCCGAACGGGCAAAUGGGGAGGGAAGGGGAAGGGGAAGGUGGAGCAAAGGUUGAAGUCGACGUGAUCAUCUCCAAUCCCCCUUAUAUCUCCCGGACAGCAUUCCUGGAUGGGACGACGGCGCGGAGCGUGCGGUUCCAUGAGCCGGUUUUGGCGUUGGUGCCGCCUUCUCCUGCUUCGCAGAAUGGCAUGGUGGAGGGUCUAGGGCAGGGGCAGCGGCAGGGAGAGGGGCAAGGGGAGGAUGUGUUCUACGCGCGGAUUGUCGGGUUGGCGGGCAGGGUUGGGGCGAGGAUGGUGGUGUUCGAGUGUGGGGAUUAUGAGCAGGGGGGGCGGGUGGUCGAGCUGUGUCGACGGGGUGUUACGGCCCGAAAGCUGGGAGGGAGAUGGGAGGUGGGGAUUUGGGAG